UCUUAACUCUUCCAAACGCAUGUUAAGCCCUCAGUGAGCCCUAAUUUCAUUGGCAAGUGGAAUGCCGGAGUGCUGUUUUUCAGUCUUGCUCUGCCUUAGUGAGUUGGGAGAGCUGUGAACGGUCACCAGCUCUGAAGAAACGGGCAAGGUUGCAACUUUAAUUUCAUAGAUGGGAACUGGGUGGACACAGAGUUGGAAGGAAGAGUGGAGGGUUGGGAAACUAUAUCUUUUCCCUUCUACACCCGAAGUCCUGCUUCAACCACGGUGGAAUAUUCCUCCAUCUGUUUGGCUGCUCUACCGAAGCUGUACGCUGGCCAACAUAGUCAGCUGGUGUGUGUACACAGCCCUGAUCUUCAACACACCCAAGUUCCUGAUCUUCCUCAGCCACGUUUCAUACGUACUCCUGGGGCUCUACUAUCUUGUGGCUCUACUAAACCUGGCCUGGGCUUUCAUACAUGUCAGGCUCUUCUGUCGAGAAAGGGGAAGGGAUGUCGCCAUGGGUGGCAGUGAGGAGUCAUUUAGGACAUUACCUCUCCCAGCUCUGCUGGCCUUGGCCCUUUCCCUACAGUGGUUCCUGCAUGCUGUGGUGGGCUCUUUCUCCCUCUGUGUGUCUUUCCUUUACUGGAUCCUGAGCUACCCCAGCACUCAGCACGUUCUCACUGCCUUCAACAUCAACCUCCACCUGAUUAACAGUGUCCAGAUCAUCCUGGACGUCCUCCUGUCCUCCACGCCUGUCCAUCUCUACCACUACCUCUAUGCUCUUCUAGCAGCUGCCCUCUAUGUGGCGUUUGUUGUUAUCUAUUGGCUGGCUGGCUGCACCAACCUCGGUGGACGACCCUAUAUCUACAGUAUACUGGACUUUGGUGGGCGCCCUCUAGUGGCAGCAUCAGUCACGCUGGCAGUUUGCCUGCUGGGCUUGCCUGCCUUCCACUUUUUGCUAUGGAACCUUCAGCUCCUCAGGGAGAGGAUGGUGGGAGGCAGCAGGGGGAGCAGAAUGGCCCUAACAAAGUGGGUCUGGUGGUGGGUGAGGGUCGGGGGAUGUCCCAUUUCUGAGCUGGUGUUUUCUCUUGACCCAGGAUCCUCUGUGUUCGAGACCUUACGUAAGGAAACGAUAGAGGAGAUUCCAUAGUCAUUACUUGUCACCGCAUGGCAUACUGAGCCCAUCAUGUUCAUAGUAGCAUCAAAUAUGUUAAAACAGAAUAUAUUUUAGGAUGCUGCUCAGUUCUCUGUGGUAAUCAGAACAAGAGCCUUAAAUUCCACUUCUAUGCUCUAAUCAAAAAAGCUACAUAGGCCUUUCGGUCUGGGAUCUAGCGAGGAAGCUGAGGACAAAAUAAAAUAAUUCUGACUCAUAUAAUGUUGACUGUAGAAGCAAGCAUGUAGUUGCGGCAAAACAACCACUAGAGGUCAGUAGUAUCCUGAAAUAUCCCAUACAUAGUCAUAGGGAAAGAGAGUUCACCCACAUGCAGUUUAAUAUUUAGCAUGUUUUGAUGUAUUCAGUGAUGUUGAAUAAUCAGAAUUGCCCAUGAAAGCCUGUACCACUAAUCUGGGAGUAAAUCUGGCACAUGUUUACAUGUGUAUGAACCAGAGGUUCUCAGUCCUCGUUCUGGAGUCAUUCUGUCCCACAUGAUGUUUUUCUGUUCUAAGGCUUUGUUCAGACAGGCUGCUGAAAUCUGCUCUUACAGAAAAAAUA